GGGCCCUGUCAAGUCCAAGCGCUUCUCUUUUGAGAUGUUCGUCGGCAAGGCCCCACCGAAGCCGGUUCUCCCGGCGGCUACUGUGGCCGCGUCCACCAGCGGCGGGUCGCCGGAGAGCUACCGCGGCGUCAGGCUCCGCAAGUGGGGCAAGUGGGCGGCGGAGAUCCGCAACCCCUUCACCGGCAAGAGGCAGUGGCUUGGCACCUUCGACACCGCCGGCGCGGCCUCUGCCGCCUACCUGUCCGCUUCCAGGAGCUUCGCCGACGAAAAACGCCGGCGCCGCGGGCAGCCCGUGCCCGCUUCUUCACCAGCUUCUUCGGCAAGCGCCACCCCGACGGCCUCCUCUUCGUCGUCCACCUCGGCUGCUCCGUUCGCCCACCCGUCGCCGUCCUCCGUGCUCGAAGCCACCAAGCCUGCACUGAAGGCUGAGUCGCCGGAGCCGGUUGCAACACCUAUCCUGCCGUCCACUGAAGCUGCGCAGCUGCCGGACGACCCGGAGUUCUACCAGGACCUUCUGCGCGGGCUGCAGCUACCCGACAUCGACCCGAUGGACUUCCGCGCCGGCCUGGACGCCCUGGAUGUUUCCGAUGCGCCCUUCUGCUUGGACGACGACCAGGACCUGCUAUUCGGGGACUUCGCGGACGAGGAGCUGGAUGAGAUCGACCUCGACCUCGACGACAUCAACGACGUCUUUCCGGAGAUCCCCGGCUGCGACCUCGGCCGCGGCAUGGACGACUUCCUGCAAACCGUGGAUUUCUGCGUGUGAAUUAAGCAAGUGCCUUAGUGUUAUCGAUGUUGGUGUGAUAAAAUGGGCCUGUGAGUGCGCUUGGGAGGGGAUUUCUUGGGUUUUUUCCCCGGGCAACACCAUCUGCUCGUGCCCAAGGAAAUCUCUGCUUCCCAAGCGAAGAACAUUAGCGUUUGGAGAGGUAAUUUUGGUAGGUUACAUUAUGGUAAGUUAUAGUAGUGGUACUGUCAUGUUUCCAGUGUCAUUUGGUAAUGCUUGUCAAGACAUUAUAGUGGACAAGUCAUUGAGCUGUUACUUGUUAAGCUAUGAAAGGAAAAUAAGUUUUGCAAUA